UGGUCCUGAGAUCUCUGAGCUCCCUGUUUAAUACGCUACGCUUUUAGGUUUAGCGGAAUGUUGUACACAUUCUGACACGUGAUUACAGGUGCUGAGUUAUUCUAAUUUAGUCAUCGAGCAGUAAAUUAAGCUGCAAAUCCUUCGUAUGUAUUCACAAGAACCGAAUGAAUAAAGUCGUCGUAGAAGGUGUUUGUUAGGGUAUCUUUGGCUGUCAAAGUAUUGUGCAUCAAUUGAAAGUGGAGUGGUGUUUUGAGAUAUAAUGUUAUUGUGAUUGAACUGUAUCAAGCUACAGAAACCAAAUACGUAAACAAAUUCAGACCAUCUGCUAUGAGUUCUGCAGUGCCGAUUACCUUGAUAGAUCAGCUUUUUCAUUUGGGAUCUAGCAGAUUAAUGUAAAAUAUACUCAGUCAGCCCCUAGAAGCACGAGACCAUGCCACUGCAAGCUGAUAUUUCCACAGCUCUGCAGUUGCUAGAACACAUCCAGCACACAAUUGAUGUGAGUGAUGAUGCCAAGCUUCAAGCACAGACAAAGGAUGAUUUGGACCUUCUCAUUUCAGUGCUUGAGAAUCCUAUUCUUCGGAGCAUUGUUACAAUCCAGGACUCACUGGGAGAAUUAAAUCAGCAAUUAAUACAACACCCUUCAAUUCUCCCUGUAGACUUUGACAUUACACCAUGUGGCAAGCUUUUAUUAAAUGUCCCACCUCCUGUCAGCUUGUAUGAUGUUUCAUUUGAUCCAGAUUAUGCUAACAGUCAAGAAUUUGAUGAUCAAAGAGUUCCAGUUGCAAAACUUCCUCACAGUUCAUCUGGUGAAUCAUCAUCUCCUCAGAUUGCUAGUCCAUCCUUGGCCCCUGAGGACGUCGCCCUGCCCCCUAUAACCACUCCAACAUAUGCAAUAGAGUUCCAGAAAGCCAUACAGGAAUCCUCUCAAGGCAGGGAGGUACUGACAGUGCAGCUGUAUAAACCAGAAGGGAGCAGUCUUGGAUUCAGUGUUGUUGGUCUCCGAAGUGAGGAGAAAGGUGAACUUGGAAUCUUUGUGCAGGAAAUACAACCAACAGGCAUUGCAGGCCGAGAUGGCCGCAUCCAUGAAGGCGACCAGAUCCUGGCAAUCGAUGGUCAGCCGCUGGACUCAAACAUCUCGCACCAGCAGGCCAUCAGCAUCCUGCAGAAGGCGCGCGGGCUGGUGGAACUGGUGGUAGCCCGCAACGCUGCCGACGAGGACGUAGCGCCGCCGUCCCCCUCCCCGUCGCCCGUAGACCGCUCCCCGUCCGCCAUCAGCGACACAUCCAAGGCGGGCUCUGACAUGGUGCUGAACACAGAGUGGGCUCAGGUCGAAAUUAUUGACCUGAUCAAUGAUGGCUCAGGUCUUGGAUUUGGGAUCAUUGGAGGACGUAGCACUGGCGUUGUUGUAAAAACAAUUCUGCCAGGUGGAGUUGCAGACAGAGAUAAUCGGUUGCAGAGUGGAGACCAUAUUCUGCAAAUUGGUGAUGUCAACCUCCGUGGAAUGGGCUCUGAGCAAGUGGCUGCAGUUCUCAGGCAGUCAGGCAGUCAUGUUCGCCUUGUGGUUGCCCGCCCUGUUGAACCCACCUCUCCUGAUUAUCAAGCUUUGGGAAGUCAUGCACCUAUUGUUCCAACCAAGAUCCUUGGUGAUCCAGAGGAGCUUGAUCGUCAUCUUGUGCAGAAUGGAUAUCCAGAAACAUUCAACACUCAGACUCCCAUUUUGGACUCGUAUGACAAUCCUUUCAUGUACCAGCAAGGCUCCGAAUUAGAACUUCAUCCAGAGCCAAAUCUUGUUGUAGACGUUGUGCGAAAUCCAGUUCCAAUUGGAUCUGCUCCAAUACCUCCCAGGAUGGUGGGUCCUACAUCUCUUCCUGUCCUAACUAUGGAUAUGAUGCCUCUUGAGACUCCUCUGCCAGAGAUGGAAAAAUUCAGUGUUGAAUUGAAAAAAGAUUACCAUGGGCUUGGCAUAACAAUAGCAGGAUAUGUAUGCGAGAAAGAGGAACUAUCUGGAAUAUUUGUGAAGAGUAUUAGUGAAGGCAGUGCAGCAGAUCUCUGCAAGAAGAUUCAAGUAAAUGACAGAAUUGUUGAGGUUGAUGGGAAAUCACUCCAGGGCUACAACAAUCACCAAGCAGUUGAAAUGCUUCGUAACACAGGGCAGACAGUAAGACUCUGUCUUGAAAGGUACCUGAGGGGUCCUAAAUUUGAGCAAUUGCAACAAGCAAUUGCAAAUAGCGAACUGAAACCACCAACGCCAUCCUCUCCUUCUGCCACAUCACUGCCACAGUACCCAGUAAGCACGGAUGGAGAAGAACCAGAAAUUGAAGUUGAAGCUGAGUCUCAUACAACAGUAGAUUCCUGUGUGCUGGAGCCAAUAGAGGCAUUAAAUACUGCUGUUGAUAUAGAAGAUGUUGAGCUCCUGAUUGACAGUAAUUAUAUAGGUGAAUUGAAACCAACUGUAGAGGCAGCAAUUCAGGCCAAGUGGUCUAAGAUAAUGGGUCCUGAUGUUGAAAUUGUAGUUGCACAGCUCUGCAAGUUUAAUGAAGGUGGGGGCCUGGGGAUCAGCUUGGAAGGUACAGUUGAUGUUGAAGAUGGACAGGAGGUCAGGCCACACCACUACAUACGUUCCAUCCUGCCUGAAGGCCCUGUUGGAGCAAAUGGUCGACUUCGUUCAGGAGACGAGCUUUUGGAGGUUAAUGGUCACCGUCUGCUUGGGAUGAAUCAUAUUGAAGUUGUUACCAUAUUGAAAGAUCUUCCCAUGAACGUGCGUAUGGUUUGUGCUCGAAGACCAGGCGAAACAACACCUUACCGUCUGAUAGAUACUUCUCAGGACAGAGCGGCAUUUGCAGCCAGGAACAUUCUGGGAGGCAGCCUCCAGAAUCUUAUUCCAGCUACUGAUAGGCUUGUGAAGGCUAAAUCAGAUGGUUCUCUAGCAUCAACAACUACUACAGCGACUGCUACUGAUGCAAGUUUCUCCAAAAUGAAAUCACGGUCUCUGGAGCCAUUAACAGGCCUUGCAAUGUGGAGUUCAGAGCCACAGAUUAUAGAACUAGUGAAAGGCGAUCGUGGUCUGGGAUUCUCCAUCCUUGACUACCAGGAUCCAAUGAACCCCAACGAGACAGUGAUUGUGAUUCGGAGCCUGGUGCCUGGUGGCGUUGCACAACUGGAUGGGAGGCUGAUCCCAGGUGACCGUCUGCUUUUUGUGAAUGAUACUGGUCUGGAGAACGCAUCGUUGGAUCGUGCAGUGCAGGCACUGAAGGGAGCACCAAAAGGCGUGGUGCGCAUCGGUGUUGCAAAACCGCUGCCGAUCCCUGACAGUGCUUCGCACAGCCAGGAGCUGGAGGGUCUGAGCCAGGCGACGCCCACGCUCGACGACAACUCCAUGUUCAGCAGCUCGGGGUCGCUGUCGCCCGCCGCCUCCGACCUGGAGCACGAGGAGGAGGCUCCGGCAGCGGCGCCGACGCCGGCGACCGGCGUAGCGGCGGCCGGCGAGUCGGUACCUCCACCACUACCUCAGAGUCCACCACCUGCCACUGAAGAGGAACUAGCUAGGAGUACAGAUGACGAGCUAAGUGGUGAUCUUCUGCAGUUGAUGGUUCCUGUAGCUACAGAGAGACUGAUUACAUCCCAGAGUGCAUCUGGUGAUCUUACAGAUGAAGAACUUGAUGAUGAAGAAGCUGUGGCUGGCUGGGGGUCUGAUGUUCUGCAGCUACCAUCAUCUCUUGAGCUCGAUAUUCGCAUUCACAAAGGAGCAGAUUCACUUGGAUUGAGCAUUGACUCAGUGGACAAGGGUGUGAAUGGAAUGCUUGUGGUGUCUGUGGCACCUGGAGGUGCUAUGGCGAAAGAUGGUCGCAUUGUUCCUGGAGAUUAUCUGCUAUCUGUGAACAAUGAAAGUCUUCGCAAAGUUACAAACUCACAAGCAAGAGCAAUCCUACGGAGAGCGCAGCUUCUUAACACUGAUAUCAGUGUGACCUACAUUCCUGGUGAAGCUGCCACAGCCUAUAGAAAAUCAUUGCUGCAAACUGAAGUGAGCACCGUUCCCAUCAAACACAUUACACAGAUAUCCCCCAGGAUAUUUCCUGACUACUAUCGCUCGCCGUAUAUACAGAAAGCAGCAGACGCCCUUGAAGUGCAAAGUGGACUUCUCAAACCUCAACAGACUAAAAAGGCAGAAAGUCCUGUGAGCACAACAGUGACUCGUAUUGUGAGUGAAUCAGAGUACUCUUCUUGUGUUGAAUUAUCACCUUUGCUUGAACGUUGUGAACAGUCAGCAACAGACUUUUGUAAUAAAGCUGUGGACCCUACGAUACCAAUAAGUGCCAGUGCAGAUAGUGUUUGUAGUUUGAAUAGACAGAAAAGAGACUCGUGUGAGCAGGAGAGUUUGCCUAAUAGUGCAACAAUUAGUCCAUCAGUCAGCAUGACUGUGACGACACAGGUGCCUUCUGCAUCAGCCGUGGAGCGUGGUGCCUCGUCUCCAUCAGUGCUUUUGGCAAAGCACUGGGGACCAGAGAGGUCUGUUGAAGUACUGCGGGAGCCUAACUGCAGUCUUGGUAUCAGUAUUGUUGGUGGAAAGGUUGAUUUAUACAAUGCAGGGCCAGACAGUGGGUCUGCCAUCUCAGGUAUCUUCAUAAAAAAUGUGCUGCCACAAAGUCCAGCUGGUCGCACAGGUGAACUUAAGACUGGAGACAGAAUUCUGGAAGUGGAUGGCAUUGACUUACGCCAUGCAAGCCAUGAAAGAGCUGUUGAGGUGAUCCGAAGUGCGGGUAACCCAGUCUGCUUUCUCGUGCAGUCCCUGAUACAGUGGAGCGUGGACGGAGAAGUUGAGAGUCAUUCGACUGAAGUUGCGCCCACAUCCUCCUCUGCAGGAGCAGUUGGUGGGUCAACCCGCAGGAGGGCACCCGCACCCCCCUCCCCCACCGGACAGCUGCUAAAGAGUGCCCCCCCUCAAGUCCCACAGGCCAGGACUCCUACACCAGAAGUUAUACAGGUGGGACUGUCAGAUGAAGGGAAGCAGGAAUUGCAGCAGAGUAACCGUGAAGUAACAGAGAAUAAAAGAUCUGAGCGAAAGUAUUCUUCAAGUGAAGACAGUGAGGAAGAUGAAGAGGAUGUGCGAGACCUGGAAGGUCGCAUUUUCACAAAAAAGGGGCAAGAGAUUCACCGAGCUAGUGCAGGAAAUGUCAAAAGGAGUAAAGAGGAAAUUGAAGCAGAUCCUGAGGAGGAAGAUGAGUUUGGAUACACAACUAACAAGGUAAAGAAGAAGUACGGCGAGGGCGCGGUGGUGGCGACGCUGGAGCGCGGGCCCGCUGGGCUCGGCCUCAGCCUGGCGGGCCACAAGGACCGCAACAAGAUGGCCGUGCUCGUCUGCGGCCUCAACCCCGCCGGCGCCGCGCACAAGAGCGGCUGCCUGCGCGUCGGCGACGAGAUUCUCGAGGUGAAUGGCGUCGUACUCCAGGGUCGCUGCCAUCUCAACGCGUCCGCCAUCAUCAAGGGGCUCCCCGGACCGGUCUUCAAAGUUAUCGUCCUAAGACGAGAAAAAGCCAUAGAGGAUUUAGCCGUGAAGCCAAUUACACAGUUCCCAGUCAGCUUGGAUGAUGAGACUCCAGAGGAAAAAUACAGUAACUUCAAAGGUCUGCGGACAGUUACUAUCAAAAAGGGAUCUCAGGGCUUGGGCAUCAUGAUAAUUGAAGGCAAGCAUGCAGAAGUUGGGCAGGGUAUUUUCAUCUCUGAUAUCCAGGAAGGCAGUGCUGCUGAGCAGGCUGGCCUUGUUGUAGGAGAUAUGAUCCUCGCUGUUAACAAGGACACACUUCUUGGGUCUGAUUAUGAUUCAGCGGCAUCACUUCUGAAAAAGACAGAGGGUGUGGUCACACUGAUUGUGUGCAACCCAAACAAAGCCAAGCAGGAGGAGGAAAAGAAGAAUGCAACUGGAACUCCAUCACCAGGAGAAAGUAUGCCAGUUCAACAAGCAUCCUCUCCAACACCAAAGGAGCCGGAGAAGCCAAGACUUUUUCCAAAACCGUUAAUACCAUUGGCCAAACCACAAAAAACACCAUCACCAAAAUCGGUCCGUGUUGUUUCUCCAACGUCAACUCCAACAUUGGUGGACUCUUUGUCACCUGGGACCUGUGUGCCAAAACAAUCACCGGUUCGUCCGACUGAACUGGUGACUACCACCGAUACCUCUCCCUCGGCACGGUUGUCGCCCUCUCCAUCUGGUAAACGUCUGUCUUCCACUCCAGAGGAACCACCAGCUGAUCCUGCAACGUGUGAGAUUGUGCCAGGGAAGGAGACAACUGUGGAGAUAAAUAAGGACAAAAUGGGACUUGGACUCAGUAUUGUGGGUGGUUCUGACACCUUGCUGGGUGUGAUAAUUAUUCAUGAAGUUUAUCCCGAUGGAGCAGCAGCGAAAGAUGGAAGACUCAAGCCUGGUGACCAAAUUUUGGAGGUUAAUAGUGAAGACUUUCGGAAUAUAACACAUAGUAAGGCUUUAGCUGCUCUUAGGCAAACACCUGCUAAGGUUAAAAUGGUAGUAUUUAGAGAUGAAGCAUCAACUAAAGAAGAUGAUAUAUUUGAUGUGAUGGAGGUUGAACUUACAAAAAAGCCUGGUAAGGGACUGGGACUUAGUAUUGUUGGAAGGAAAAAUGGACAUGGUGUCUUUAUCUCAGACGUUGUACAUGGUGGAACAGCAGAAGCAGAUGGGCGUCUAAUGAAAGGUGAUCAAAUACUUGCUGUGAAUGGUCAAGACUUAAAGAACUCGUCCCAGGAAGAGGCCGCAGCUGUAUUGAAGACAGCUACUGGGAAAGUUGCAAUGCGGAUUGGACGCCUCAAAGCAGGCUCAAGGGGCUCUUCUAAUCCAGGCAGUGGUGACAGGAGUAUUGAAGAGUGCACUCAUCUGCAGCCCAGAACAGUCAUUUUGGAAAGAGGUCCAGAUGGUUUGGGAUUCAGCAUAGUUGGAGGACACUGCAGCCCACAUGGAAACUUACCAAUUUAUGUGAAGACAGUGUUUGAAAAGGGUGCGGCAGCCCGAGGAGGACAGCUGCGGCGUGGAGACCAGAUCCUGGCUGUGGAUGGACUGAGCCUAGAGGGGCUGACACAUCAGCAAGCUGUUGCCGUGCUUAAACAGGCCCAUGGGAAUGUCACUCUUACAAUACAGUCAUGAUGUGUAAUUUCGAGUGCAGUUGGUGACUUUUCAGUGCUCUAUUAGUAAUAGAACAUUUGAACAUCAAAUAUCAUCAUAUCUGAGCCUUAUUUCACAUAAAUAAAUUCUUCUGGCUGUGUUAUUUUACUGUUAAAUUCUUAAAUAUCUCAUACCUUUUUUACCUCAAAAACUUUAUUGUGAUGCCUUUGGCUUGAAGAUUAGUAUAUUAUGAUUUUUGCUAGUGAGAGACAUUUCGUAGGGAACUGAUCACUAUUAGAUUUGAAAAGUGAGUGUGAGAAAAGUGUAUAGUGUUUCUACGAAAACUGAAUAACCUACGCUGAACUUAGCUUGUAGGUCCAACAGACUUUUUGUGCUUCUUGAGAAGGGAGGUAAGUCUGUGAUCUGUACUCAAUCCAAUCCUUUUUCUCUCAUGUUUCUGAAGCUGUGUGAGGUAUGAUGCUUUUGUGUACAGAACAUAGUGACCCUCUGAUUAAUGUGGACAUCUUUAGAUUGAGUAGAAAAGAGACUGGAUGCAACUUUCUACCAUACAGCAUGUAUCAAAUCUCUCUACAGUUUUAUGUACAUGAGUUACAUUGUCCAUUGCUUUGAUGCAACUGUUUUAAAGUGGCUGGCUGUAGGAAUAUGUGAAUCACUGAAGGUAAGUGUAAAAGAUAUUUUUGUACUGUGGCAAAGUGAAUUCUAUAAUUUUAUUUUUUUCAGCUAUGCACCUUUAUAAAUAGUGGUCAUUGUGUUCAGCAGCACUAGUGUAAAUACAAAAACUGUGAAAUAUAACUGGAACUUAAUAUAUUAUAGUAUCCUAAAGCACAAACAUGUGUUAAAUCUGCAGCUAGUUUGUACACAGUGAAGUUUAUAAACUGCAGCUGGCUUCCAUCGUAAACUCAAACUAAUGAGAUAAUGCAGUGGAAACUGGAAGUGAGAUAUUUUGGUUGUUGUUGCUGGUCCUUGGCAGGGUUUGAUUGGGACCACUGUUUUACUGUGUGAUUUUCAAUAGUUGUCUAUGUUGGUCAUUUAAAACACCGAAAACUAUUUUUGUGUCCUGAGUGAGUGUAGCUUCUGGAUACUAAACAAUGUGCAGCAUAAUGGAAAAACUGACUUGUUAGCUAGAAUCUUCAAAUUGAUACUUACUGAUAGCAUGCAAUCCAUUUUGGGGCAGUAUUACUUUAUAAAUGUGACAAAAGAUCACAGUAAAAUAUUUUAGAUUCAGGAUCUGCAACAAUUGAUGUUGGUAACAUAGUGCAAUUAAUUGAUUUGUCUGGAAAGCUGCAGAAGUUGUGUUGAUAACAUGGCCUCCCCCACCACACAAAGUGUCAUGGCGUUCGAAGAAAUGAUCUUAAAUGUUUCUGAAGUAUUUCAGUAUACACAAAUGGAUAUGUUAUUUUAAUAUUUCAAAACUGUUGUACCUUUUGAAAUAUGUAUAUUUGAUACAUGUUUAUGAAGGAUUGGAUUGUUUUCAGUAAUUUUAUUAAAUCACAUUAAUUAUGAUAAAACAAAAAUAGAGCUAUGUGAGUUAAAAAUGAUGCUCAUGAUUCAUGUUUUUGGCAGUUUUGUUAAUCUGUGGAAUGUUGUGCUGAAUGUUAAGUCUAUUGUUGUAAAUAUAUAAAUUGGUUUUGUGUGCUGUUGACGGAAUCUGUUAUAUUUGAUGAUCGUGUUUUAUCGUAUUGGAGAUAUUGGCUUGAUCAAAAAUUUAUGUCAUGAUUGCAUGUGAACAUUCGUAUUGUGACUUCAGAAUGUUUCAGUAAUUUCAUGUGUAUGGCCUUAAUCAGUGCUUAUUUUUCUAGAUAUAAUGUAUAGUUCUGCGCAUCCUUAGCUUUUGCAUAUAAUAUAUAGUUUUUACAUAUAUGAUAAAUGUUACUGAAAUGAAGUAAGGAAGACACUUUCUAGAAUCAGUUAUGAUGAUAGCUGUUAAAAGUCACUAACAAUACUUCUUAACUUGAAAUUUCAGUUACUCUUGGAUCUUUUACUUUACAGCAAGAUUUUAACAAUGAAUAAACAGAAUUUUUGGAAUAUUUGGCAGUAAAUAUUGUAAUAAAAAUAUAGCAAUUUAUUUUUAGUUUGUUUCAUUGUAAUUAUCUCAUGUUUAAGAUUGGUAUAUUUAAGAAAUAUAAUUUUUUGCCUCUCAUGUAUCUGAUAAAGGUAUUAAAAUAGUGUACUUUGCUUCAAGAUAUACCUAAUUUAUGCUGAUGGCUAGCAGUAUAAAAGUAUAAUGCAAUAAAAUAUUGAAAUGUACAGAGAUGAGAUGACUUGCACAGGUGUCUUAUAGUUAAUAUUAUACUAAGAACAAAAUGAGCUUACUUUUUAACUGUCAUCUGAUGCAAGCACUAUCUGUGGAUAAUAAACUGAUUUUGCAUACUAAAUUAAGUAUUCAUAUAAACUUCUGCAAAAAGCUCUAUGAAGAUCAUCAUUUCAGUGUCUUGAAAAAAAUAAUAACUUAUCUGCCUGCUGCUGCUUACAGAAAUAUAUUGCAGAAUUCUGCUAUAAAUAUAGGAAAGGUGCUGUGGAGAAAAUCAUAACUGAUUUUAUUACACAAAUGAGAAACAUAUGGAUAUGUUGUAGGUAUUAUUAUGUUUGUAAGAUCAAAGGAAUAGCAUUCUUCCUUCUAUAAAAUUAUGAGCACAGAAAGCUUUAUCAUGUCAAAGUGAGUGAGUGAGUGACAUGUAUUAUCUGUUUUGGCUUUAAAACUGUUUUGAAUUUUAAUUUAUAUUAACAUUUUUGGCAAACAUACAUACAGAGUACCACAACAAGUACUAAAAUGCGAACUUCACUAGAAACCCUUAAAUAUGACAGGUAUAUUGGUUUAGUUGCAAAGGGGCAAUGAGGGCAGAAAUGUGUGAAGACAGUAAAAUGUGGUGUAAUGAUGCUGCAAAACAAUUUCACUAAUGUUGCUCAUGGAGAAUACUAUCUACAAAACUACAUCACUCUUGUCUGAACUACUUUCAGAAGCUGUCAUUCUUGCCAUGCCCUAAACAAUUGGGACAUUGUGCAGUGGUUUGGUUUUCAGAAUCGGGUUACAGUUUCUGUGCAUAGUAUGUUCAAUGCCAAAAUGUUGUAUGUAUUGUUUUUUUAAGAAAAAAAUAGGUUGGUUGAAGGUGAACAAAUCUUUUGUGAUAUUAAAGCUUAAAAUCAUCAGUAGUAUAUUUGUCAAGAAUAAUGUUUUAUCAUGAAAUGUAUGAAACUUAUGAUGUUGUUUAACUAUCUUAAAUAUAGAAACCAAUGACAUGAUUAAAUAUUGUAUCAGAGUGUUUGGUUAAAAGGCAAAUAACCAAAAUUCUUGAAAAAUUUUGCGCUUGCUCAGUCACGUGUUCAGACAUAAGAACAGACAUUUUUGUUUUACCAGAUCAACAUAUUCCAUUUCCUCUUACUGAUAAGUAUCGACUAAUUUCAAAAGACAAUAUUAUAAUACAAAUUAGUUUUCAGGGCUUUGGGUCAUAUAUUGCAUUAGAAAAUUGUGAUGUAUCCUGCAUUUUGCUUUUUUUAACUUUUAUGCAGGAGUCAGUAUUCAUAUUACAUGUAUGUGUUAUAUAUAUUGUGUCAGUUUUAUAAUAAUGAUGGUAACCAAAAAUAUCACCUUCAUUUAUAAAAGAAAAGAGAUACAAUUCACUGAUAGAAUGUGACAGAUUACUGAAUAAAUGCUAUUGUUUAAAAUUAUUUGGUGGAAGAAUGCUAAGGCCACUGCAUUAGUUUGUUCUUUAUUGGAAGUGAAGCCACUAGACAGUCAUUUUUUUCCAGAAAAAUGAAAUUUUAAUAGUGUUAAAUAUGCUGUUAGAUGUAGGUGAAAAUAUAUUGUUCAGGAAUUGAAUGUUGUCGAUAUACGAUGAACUGUAUCUCUCUAGCAUAAGGACUUCAUUCAUAUUAACUAUGUUAAUAAGAAGAAAGAGAAACCAUAUAAAAGACAUGUCAGUAUAAACAAGUGUCAAGAAUACUGUUGUCAUCACUUCAGAACUAGAAAUAUUUUCCAGAAUGUGAAGUAUUUUAGAGUUCUAUAGAAAUAAUAUGAAUUUUAUUUA